AAAAAAAAAGGGAAAAAGAAAAGAAAAGAUAAAUAAAAAAAUAAAAAAAGGUCAUUGGCUUUAUCGUUCCAUUAAAAACUAUGCGGAAGCUCGCGAAGAUAUAAAGGCACGCUCGCGUUUGACAUCUUACUUUCCUAACAUUCGCAACGCGCAUUUUCCUGAGAAAGUGAUGGAAAAAACCUUUUACUAUACAUUUUGAAGCAAAAAGAGAAAGAGGGGAAAUGGAAACGGAGGAGAGAGGAAGAAAGGUUGAGGAAUCUAGUGGGAACAAGAGAUUGAGUGAAAGCCCUCCCGAUGAUGAUUGCUGCCCAAUUUGCUUUGGCUCCUUCACUGUUCCUUGUCGAUCCAAUUGCGGUCAUUGGUAUUGUGGCAGUUGUAUUUUGCAAUUCUGGAACUAUUCCUCAACAUCUAAGCCAUGCAAGUGCCCCAUGUGUGCUUGCAAGAUUGUUAAUUUGAUGCCAGAGGCAUCAUUGCAACAACAACAACAGGACCAGGAAGUUACUGAGGUGCUUAAAAGUGUACAGAGGUAUAACCUUCUUUUUCUUGGAGGUGCACGUGGAUUCGUUCAGAAAGUGCUUGAGUUACCAUUCUUCAUCAAGAGAAUGUUCCAGGGAUUGAUGGAUCCUGAUGCAAAUGAUACAUAUAUUGCUGAGAUGCGCCUUUUUGCAAUGGUGCUAAGUAUCAUCUACAGAGCUACACGAUUUGAUUUUAUCCCAACAGGGGGCCUGGGAAUUGGAAGGGUGUUUGAUUUUUCCGCUAUUACUCUGGUACUCAUCCUGCGUCUGGUGGGCAUCUAUCGCAGGAGACGACUUACGCAGCGUAAGAUGGGUCCAACGAAGAACGUCCAUACAAUCUCGCAAGAAGCAUUCGAUGAGCUUGUGAAAGAGAACGUGGAAGACCUCGGGAUGGACCCCACCGAAGCCCUGGAAGACGCCAUCCAAACCCUCUCCCUCCAGGGCGUCAAUCUCUCCGGGAUCGUGAAGUGUGUUCCAGGGGAUGGUGGUGUCAAGGACCACCCGGCAAUGCAAUGCUUGGAGAAACUGAACCAACUAAAUACUGACUUCAAGGAUAAAUUCGACGCCCAAGAUUUAGUCCAAAUCACGGCGUUACUUAAUAACCUAAGUGAAUUAUGUAGUGCUAAAGAAGAAUCGGGAAAUGCGGCUAUCAUAGCUAAAAAUGGCGGUAUCGAAUUGGUUUGUUCAAUCUGUUCUAAGAUUCCAACUGAAUCAAGACAGACUCUCGUUUCUUGUUUAAAGACCAUGGCACCAUUGCUCACCGAUGUUCAAAGUACAGAGACUUUUAGGGCAAGUGGAGGACCGAUGAUUGUGGUUGGUAUUCUUAGUGAUGGGAUUCGAGAUUUAGAUAUCUUGAAUUCUGGUUUUGCUGUUAUUGCCGCAGCUGCAACUGGUAAUGAAGUUGUUAAACAAUCGUUUAUGGAGUUAGGAGUUGAUGAGAUGAUUCUUCAAGUUUUGAGUGGACAGACUAAAGGCGAUGUUCAAAGUUUAUAUGAUGCUAUACGUGUUAUGUUAACCUCUGAUGAUAAUCGAGUUGUUGCUUCUCAAGUUUAUGGUUAUGCACGAAAAUUUGCAAAAAUUGGAAUUGCAAGAGCUCUUGUGGAAUCACUUCAUGGAGGGCUUAGUUCGCCUAGUCUUGUUUCAGUGAGCAUAGCACUAAAAGCUGUUGCUGUGAAUGAUGAAAUAUGUAAGUCCAUUGCUGAUGCUGGUGGAAUUGAUGCACUUCUGAAGUGUGUUGAUGAUAGUGGUGAACAAGGCAACAAAACCGUAGCUAGAACUUGCUGUUUGUUGUUAUCCAAGUUGGCAGGAAGUGACUCAAAUAAGAGUGCUAUAGUUGAGAAAGGAGGAAUGGAUAGGCUGAUCAAAUUGUCAGCAAGAUUUUCUGAUGACCCAUCUGUGCUGCAAGAGGUAAUGGCCAUUAUUUCUGUACUCUGCUUGAGAUCACCAGACAAUGCAACUUGUGCCAUCGAAGCUGGAGCAGGGGAACUUGCUAUCCAAGCCAUGCAGAAGUUUCCUACUGCUCAGCAGAUGCAGAGAAGUUCCUGUCUCAUGAUUCGGAAUCUUGUUGUGAGGAACCCAGAAAAUAGAACCCUUCUGCUGAAUAAUGGUAUUGACAAGCUUAUCAGGAAGGCCAAGGAAAAUCAUGAAAGCUGCAAGGAUGCUGCUACUGAUGCACUAAGGGAUUUGGGGCUUGAUAACUAUAACUCAUAGUUAAGCUGCAAGGGUUCAUUCCUUUUUUUGGGGGUUUGCAUUCAUUAGUGAGUUACAAUCUUGUUUUUUUGGAUGAACCAAGCUUUUUUCUUUUUCGAGUUCAAUGGGUUAUAUUUGUGCUGUUUCUUGGUGA